AUGACAGCCUUUGUGACUAAAGUCAUUGAUACGGGCUGGGCUCAGUCAUCAUCGGCUAUCUCCGGUGCACCAGCUCAAAAGAAAGUCCGAACGCGACAAACUGGCACUGCAUGGACACGCUCAGGUUGCCUAACCUGUAAAAAACGUCGCAAAGGCUGUGAUAAGGCUAAACCUAGCUGCAACAAUUGCAUCAAACGAGGCUGUAUUUGUGAGGGCUAUGGCUCUCUCUGGGCGGAGCCUUUAGGCCCGUCUGCGCCGGUUUUCAAGGCAACCGAUGCUAAUACUUCAAAAUCGAGACCAAAAGAUGAAGCAACAUUGGCGCUUCUCCCGUCCCCAUCAAUCUCUCCACAAUCCGACGUAUGGCUAGACGCGCAGUCAUCUGUCUCAACAUCUCCGAACGGAUCUAUUCCCUCGUCUCCACGGUAUUGGUUGAGUGAGAGUGAUUCAAAUCAAGAUCAGAAUCAACAUGACCAGAAUAUUGAAGACGCUUUGAUCCUCCAAGGAUCGCUAGCAGUUGUUCCGCGGCCCCGGAAUUAUAUCAGUCACUUAUCAGACCACGAAUCACACUAUCUCCAAUAUCACGUCCAACAAGGCUCCCGCCUUCUCGCCAAUCUCGAAAGCGAUGAGAAUCCACUUCGCUCGUUGCUUAUACCUCGAGCGAUGUCAUCCCCACUACUUAUGAGAGCCAUAUGCGCACUCUCCGCGCUUCACCUAGCAAACCGUACUCAGGGCUUUAGUGCGCGAACCGCCUCAGCAACCUUCUACGGCAGAACGCUUAACGGGCUUCGAUCAGUGCUUGUUGAAUCUUCACCAGAGGCAUUCUCGGAUGAUGCUAUGCUAGCAGUAGGCCUAAUGUGCAAAUAUGAAAUUGUUCGAGGCAGCGUCAAGCAAUGGGUUGUGCAUCUCAACGCACUACAACGCCUGAUUGCCACCCGUGGAGGCUUACAGUCGAUGGAUCCAGAUGCAGCACAUUUCUUAAGGGGACUAUAUCUAUAUGCGUAUAAUAUGGCCCGGAUCAGCAACCGCAAGCGAAUCACUGCUGCUGACCCGUGUCCCGCAGAUAUAGAUCUCGGUGCACCCAGACUGGAUAUCUACAUCGGGUACACGGAGGAGAUCCUGAAGCUAUGUGCACGAAUCGCAGAGCUUCCAUCGCUAAAGGGCGAUAUAGUAUCGCUACGUCGGGCAAUAGCUUCUAUAAACGAAUCCCUCCUCACAUGGUCCCACACUUCUAUUCCGCAUAUCAUCCCCCAAGGCCUUAACCCGGAAUCUCUCACCCGCCUCCAGCUUGUCGCCGAAUGUUUCCGCGAUGCAGGGUUCAUCUAUCUGCACUCGAUUCUCGAGCACAUGAGUCUGAAAUUAAAGACCACAAAUACUUCCACAGCACCAUACUACACUGAAUGGGCAUCUCUCAUCUUCACUCCGAAGUCCACCGCCGUCCACCGCUGUCUUGCGCGCAUUGAAACCUUUCCCUUGGAUGACCAUUGCGAGUAUUCGGCACUCACGUUCCCGCUCUUUAUUGCCGGGGCUGAAAGUAAUAUCCUCGCCCACCGAAGCCUUGUUAUCCAAUCACUUGCUAAGCUGCGGGAUAAUUUUGGGAUUGGCAAUGUCAAACGUGCAGAGGAAGUACUUGGAAUCUUAUGGGCGAGGAAGGAUGCUAAUGCCUUUGAUGAGAUUUUCCUUGGCGAGCACAGUGCAAAUGUAAAUGCGCAAAGUGCACACUGGUUGGAUAUCUUGGAGGAGUUGAAGUGGGAGUUAAUCCUUGCGUAA